AUGCUCAAUCCUGCCCUUUCUCCAACUUCACCGAAGUCUGAUCCGACUUUAGGGGACCAAGAGCUCCAAAAUUUGGAUAUGCUCACCAAGGAAUCUCCUGAAUUCCCUACAUACACUCAGGAUACCUCGGAUACUGCUUCGCUUGAUCAAGAAGCAUAUAGAUACUCGGAUACUGAUCAUCAGCAAGACAGUAACUCUCCAGAGGAUAAAGCAGGUCUAUAUCCCGAUGGAGGCUGGAGAGCCUACAGUGCUGUUUUAGGAUGCUUUCUAUGUUGCUUCACAGUGUUUGGUAUGAUGGACAGUGUUGGUGCAGUGGAAUCUUAUGUCCAAUCCAACCAAUUACAGAGUACUUCUGUUUCUACAGUGUCGUGGAUCUUUUCCAUUUACUUAUUCAUCUCCAUGUUUUUAGGAAUAUUCGUGGGUCCCAUUUACGACUCUUCCGGUUCCAGAUGGCUUCUAUCUGUUGGUACUGUUUUUACAUUCAUUGGAAUAUUCACCAGCGGUAGCUGUACCCAGGUUUAUCAAUUUAUAUUGAGUUAUGGAGUCUGCUUGGGUAUUGGUACAGGUAUCAUGAUGGUUCCCGCCGUUUCUACCAUUUCAAGCUGGUUCAGCAGAGAAAAACGACCUUUUCUCCUCGGAAUGGUGCAAUCUGGUGGCUCUACAGGUGGCCUUAUCUUUCCGAUAAUGCUUCAGUUCCUGUUCCCGAAAUAUGGCUUUAAGUGGUCGAUGAGAAUCAUCGCUUUUUUCAACUUGGGCGUCGAUAUUGUUGGAAUCAUUCUAGCCAAAGAUAGAUUAAAGGAAAUCCGGGAAAAGACAGGACAGAUCGAUAAGAGGACUCUUCUUGAUAAGUUGAAGCAUCCUGUAGACCUUAAAUCUUUCAAAGAUACACCUUUUAUUACACUUGCAAUAAGUCUUUUCAUGAACGAGGUGGCAGUGAUGAUUGUUAUCACAUAUAUUUCCUCUUAUGCCAUUGCUCAAGGUGCUUCUGAGGGAGAAAGCUACAACAUGGUAACCAUAUUAAAUGCUAUGGGUGUACUUGGUGCUAAUAUUCCUUCUUACUUUGCCAAUUUUUACGGCCCAUUUAACAUGAUGAUCCUAAUGUCCGCCACUUUGUCCAUUGUCAUAUUUGUAAUUUGGCUACCAUUUGGUAAAUACACUGCAGCUUUGUACGUGUUUGUGAGCAUUUUUGGAUUUUGCUGCUCGUCUACUUUCGCUCUCACCGGUGCUACCGUCAGUGCCAUUACACGCAAAACGUCCGAUUUUGGCAAGAGAUACGGAGCUGCCUAUGCAUUUGUCUCUUUUGAGAGUUUAAUUUCGCUUCCUAUUUCAGGAGCCUUCAUCAAGGAAAAGACCCCCAAAUAUUAUGAUCGAAUGAUAGAGUAUCCUGGUUUGUUCAAUUUGAGCAAUUUCAUUGCUCUAGACUCUUAUGAAUCGCAACUGCCUAUUGAGAAUGUCAGCGUUGCCGGAUUGGUUGAUCUUACGAGAUCAUUGGACCAUGUUAGCGAUGAAAAGUAUGAUUCGGCUGUGGAAUUGUACCUUAGCAUCGCCUCAUAUUGCAAGAGAAUCAUUCUUGAUAAGGACUUGGCUCGUUUCGACUUUUCUUUGAAAGAUGUCUUCAAAAUUUGGGAGAUUCGGUUAAAUCUUCUGCUAAUGAGUGUGCAAUUGACCGAUUCUAAAGGCCGAAUACCCAUUCCAAAUGCCAAAUUCCUACGUAGUGAGGUUGAUGUGUUGUUGAAGGAGUUAAUGAAGCUCAAUGAUAAGGAGAAGACGGAUAUGGAGAGUCUACCCGAUGAGAUAAGCUUUAAUUUCGGUCUUCUUAUCUAUAGAGUCCGGUACGGCUCAAAUGUUUUGCUUCUUAAUAAUUACUUCAGGCAGAUUUUCAAUUUUAGGCUUGGUUUGGCCAACCAAAAGACACGUUUACUAGCUUCCAGACGGAUUCACCGACUACUUUUUAGCAUAUCGGCAUUGUUGGUUGUCAGAAAGCAAUACUUGGAGCUGUUCAGUCAACUGAUAGAUGUCCUGGCGUGUCUUGAUAGGAGUGAGAUCAAAUUGACGGCUCAAGUGGGACUAUUGGCAGCUUUGGUAGGUAUUCUAAUGCUAAACGAAGACAGUGAUAUCCAUAAUAGUGGCUAUUACAAUGAUAUAGUACAAGCAUAUGAUAGAAGUCUGUUGGAUCAUAGUGUGUUCGAAGACUUAGAACAGGUCGAUGUUAUUUCUGAUCUUGAAGAUCUUGUUCAGAGGGUCUCUGAGUCUCAGAGUAUUACUCCAAGUACUGUUUGCCAUCUCUGUGGAAGAUACGAGAUGCAAUAUAUGGUCAAGGAUGAAGUUGCACAAAACAACAAGCUAGAUGAUCUGUUGAGCAUAGUUUACGAUCUCUGGUUCAAGAAUGUACAUAAUAUGUAUGCAUUAGAGUAA